AUGUAUCUGAAUCGCCUUCUCCUAUCCUCCCUCUUUGCUGUCCCUGCCCUCGCGGCACCCAGUGCCUCAACCACCAAGGCAUGCGAGGAGAUCUCAAAGAACCUUCCUAAAGUCGUUUCUUUCCCCUAUACCAUCAACUUCAACUCCGAGACCACAGGUUACUGGUCCACAGCCUUGCGCGAGAUCAAGCCUGCUUGUGUAGUCACUGCCAAGUCAGCGUCUGAUGUGUCCACCGCCGUCACAAUCCUCCAGAAGUACCCCGAUGUCAAGUUCGCUGCUAAGAGUGGUGGUCAUGACCCGAACCCCACCCAUGCCACAGCUGGUGAUGGAGUUCUCAUCUCUUUGAGUGAGAUGGUUGGUGCGGUGUAUGAUGCCGAGAAGAAGGUUGCAUAUGUCAAGCCUGGUGGAGAGUGGAACGAUGUCAUCUCCGAACUUAACAAAGAUGGCGUUGCUAUUGUUGGAGGUCGUCUAGGCUUAGUCGGUGUCGGCGGUCUUCUUACUCAAGGUGGUAUCUCAUUCUUGAGUGCUCAGUAUGGUUUGGCAGCUGAUAACGUCGUUGCUUGGGAAAUGGUCAACGCCAACGGAACAAUCGUCAACAUCGAUGCUGAGAAGCAACCCGAACUUGCCGUGGCAUUGAGGGGAAGUGGCAGCCAGUUUGGAAUCGUCACACAAUUUACUGUCAAGGCCUAUCCAAUUGGAAAGGUCUGGGGUGGUAUUCGUACAUACGAUGAUUCCAAGACCGAUGAACUCUACGAAGUCAUGCACAGGUUCAUCCCAUACAGCAACAAGGACCCCAAGGCCGCCAUCAUUACUACAAGCCUCAUCCUCACUGGUGGUAGCAGAACCAACCUGAUGUUCUAUUUCUAUGACGGCGAGAAGCCCCCGACCACCGGUCCUUUUGCCGACUUCCUGAAGAUCAAGUCUACCCUUUCCACCACCAAGACUCAGUCAUAUCCUGAACUGCUCAAGUCCAACGGAGCCGGAGUUUCUCUUCUGAACUCACGAAUUUCUUUCAGAACUGCCACUAUCCCCUAUUUCCCCAAAGACUCAACUGUCUACGCUCAAAUCACCAACAAGAUGAAAGAGAUCACAUCAGACUACUUCAAGCGUCUCCGAGGUCUUGCCUCUCAAUGCUCAGUCGACUUCCAGCCCUUGCCCGCCGCCAUCGGUAAGCACACCGAGGAGCGGGGUGGAAACGCUAUCGGCUUCACUGCAAGUGAUCCUGAUCGCGUUCUUCUCGAGAUCCAGUGUGCUUGGGUUGAGAAGAGAUUCGAUGACAUGGUUCGUCAGUUCUCCAAGGAUUUGACAGCCUGGAUUGAGGAGAAGGUACCUGAGUGGCUGGCGGAACAAGGAGAGCCUGCUGAUGCUUACCUCCCUCUGUUUAUGAAUGAUGCCAUGUCUGAUCAGAAUGUCACGGGAACUUACAAGAACUAUGCUAAGUUCAAGGCGCUUCAGCUUGAAGCUGAUCCUGAGGGUGUUUUGAGAGAGAGGAUGGGUGGUUUCAAGUACUGA